GACCAAGAGAUCAUUAAUCCGGCUUACAAAAUCUGGACCAGAUAAGACAAUCUAAUCUGGAAUGCCAUUAUGGCUUCAGUUGAUAUCACCAUUGCUCCUUCAGUUGCUUCUGCUCUCACUUCUCAUCAAGCAUGGGAAUUUCUUCACAUUACCUAUGCCAACAAAUCUCAACCCCGAAUCUAUAGUCUCCGAGACAUGCUAGCCAAGGUUACUUGUGACACCAAAUCUAUUGCUGAAUAUUUAUGUGAAAUUCGGUCCAUUACCGAUGAAUUAGGCACUGCUGGUUCUCCUAUCAGCAAUGCUGAAUUAGUAGUCAAGAUCUUGAGUGGUCUGGGUCCUGAAUAUAAAGAAAUCAGUGCUGCUAUUUGGGCUCGGGAUUCUCCAAUAUCUUUUGAAGAAUUAUUUGACAAACUUUCUGAUCAUGAGCUAUUUCUCAAACAUGAAGAACUCAAGAAACCUUUAGCCACCAUCACUGCCAAUCUGACACAACAAACUCCUCGAUCUCAGCCUCCUUCAAAUCAGUCCAAUAAAAAGAGAUGGGGCAAUCAACAAUCUUCUCAUUAUGAUUCACAAAACUCUUCUCCUCGCCCCUUUAGCUCAACCCAAAAUCAAUCACAUCAAAUCCAAUCCUUUAACCCUCGACAACCAUUUGGUUGGCGCCCUCACUUCCCUCCUCAUUCCCAUGGUCGUAUCCAAUGCCAACUUUGUGACAAAUUUGGCCAUAUUGCCAAAACUUGUCGUUCUCGUCCUCCCAAAAAUCCUCAAGCUUAUUUUGCUGCUAAAUUACCCACCUCUUCCUUAACUCCAUGGGUUCUCGAUACUGGCGCAUCUCAUCACAUUACUACUGAUCAUCAAAAUCUCAAUAAUCUUUAUAAGUAUGCUAGCACCGAUGAGGUUACUAUGGGUGAUGGUAAUGGAUCUGAGCACAGGGGCAUCCUUGGUUCGCGGCCAGAAUAAGAACAACCUGUAUGAGUGGCCAUCCUCAUCAACUUCCUUCCUGAAAUCAGACACACCCACAACUCAAUUUGCUGUUGCCUCACCAUCUCUAAAUCACUGGCAUCGUCGACUCGGUCACCCACAUUUGCGUGUCCUUCAAUCCGUUGUCUCUCAAUUUUCACUACCUCACUCCAAAAAGUCAUCUUUCACUUUUUGUAAUUCAUGCUACUGCAAUAAAAGUCAUAAACUACCUUUUCUAGUUCAA